AUGGAGCAUAUUAAUGCAAUUAAGGACUUGACGUCCAAGUUUGACGAAAUCCCCCAAGAUCUCCACAAGGGGGAGAAGUUUGCCCAGAUCUACGCGACCCACAGGCCCACCUACCCCCAGGAGAUUUACGAGAAAAUCCUGGCAUACCAUUCAGAAAUACCACAAAACAAGAGACUACUCGCUGUUGACGUUGGUUGUGAAACUGGUCAGAGUACUCGGCCCCUGACCAAAUACUUCCAGCAGGUCAUAGGGUCAGACGUCAGCGAAGACCAAUUGUCCAUUAUUCCAAGAAACGCCCCCAACCUAGACUACAAGGUGGCCUACGCCGAAGACCUGAACUUUCUGGGGGACAAGACGGUGGAUAUGGUAACCGUGGCAACCGCCCUACAUUGGAUGGAUUACAAAAAAUUUUUCAGCGAAGCGAGGCGUGUCCUGAAACCAGACGGUACCCUGGCAGUCUACAGCAUGUUUCACGAGAACUUCGAGCACCCAGAGGUCCGUGCCUACAUCGCUCAGCUGCAGUCGACCAUCUUCUCAGGGUACCUAACGACACGCUUCCGGAUGAUUCUAGAAAAGUUUCAGUCUCUGGAGUUUCCGUUUAAGGAUAUUAGGAGACACGAUGACAUCAUCAAGACAGGUGAGCUGACGCUAGAUGGGAUUGUGGGUUACCUGGCCAGCUUCCACUACACAAAGUUGUUUGCAGACGAUAAUCCAGACAGGGAUAUUCUAGCGGAGAUGAAACAGAGCCUACAGGAAAUCUUCCAAAAAUCUAAUCACCACUUGACUGAACCGGUCAAGGUGAAGGUCAACUGGUACUAUUUUGUUAUCCUAUGUCGGAACUAA